UCGUACGCAGCCCCACUCAGCUUUUCCUCGUUUCGAAACUCGUGUGUGUCUUCAUGUACAGAAAUUGUUGCUGGAUUAUGUCGGUUUAGUUUAUCGUACGAGAAUGCUUGUGCGAGUAGAGAUUAUGUAAGGAUUUGCGUGAUAGAAAAAAAACUUGUGGCUUUUAUUAGAGGGUAGUGUUUUUUAAGCUUUGCCGUUUAUAUUUGAGGUUAUACUUCUGUGAAUAGUUAAAGAGAUGAAGUUGAGCUUUUUACCUACGGACCGCGAGCAAUUCCGCAGGGACGGGCUCGUCCUGUUCAGCAAACUAAUUCGCACAAAAAACGUCGAGGGAUUGCAGGAAACUGUGCCGGAACGAUCGGACGACCGGAAACAAAAACUCACUAAAUGUCUGACAACUCUAGAUCUCACGUCGUUAGGUGUGGGCAGUUGCGUCGGUACCGGAAUGUAUCUAGUAGCUGGAAUGGUGGCGAAAAACGUAGCUGGACCCGGUGUAGUAAUCAGUUUUGUUAUAGCUGCCAUAGCCAGCAUAUUUUCAGGUGCCUGUUAUGCAGAAUUCGGUGUCCGAGUACCGCACACAACAGGAUCAGCAUACAUGUACUCGUACGUCACCGUGGGCGAGUUCGUGGCCUUUAUAAUCGGCUGGAACAUGAUCCUAGAGUACCUGAUCGGUACUAGUGCCUGCGCCUGCGCUCUGAGCGCCUGCUUCGACGCCCUGGCCAACGGAGCCAUGUCCAAAGCUUUGCAUACCAGAUUUGGAGACUUUAUUGGAAGGGAUCCAGAUUAUGUUGCGUUUGUGAUUACGCUUCUAAUGACGAUAGUAUUGGCUGCUGGUGUGAAAAAGUCGCUGAUUUUUAACAAUAUUUUGAAUGUUAUUAAUUUUUCCGUUUGGGUUUUUAUCAUGAGUGCCGGGCUGUUUUAUGUAAAUACCGACAACUGGACCAAGCACGAAGGAUUUUUGGCGAAAGGAUGGCCUGGAGUAUUUACUGGAGCGGCAACGUGUUUUUACGCUUUUAUAGGUUUCGAUAUCAUAGCGACGACCGGAGAAGAAGCUGCAACGCCCAAAAAAUCCAUUCCUCUUGCAAUUAUAUCCAGUCUGGGAAUCAUAUUGACCGCCUACGUUACCAGUUCCAUGAUGCUUACUUUAAUAGUUCCAUACAAUGAAGUAGAUCCGGAUUCGGCCCUAGUGGAAAUGUUCGGUCAAGUCGGUGCCUUCCGUUGUAAAUACAUUGUGGCCGUGGGUGCUUUGGCCGGUCUUACAGUUUCCAUGUUCGGUUCCAUGUUCCCGAUGCCCAGAAUUAUUUAUGCUAUGGCCCAGGACGGCCUGAUUUUCAGAACAUUUUCUCAAGUUUGGCCUAGUACUGGCACUCCUGCACUGGCGACUUUCUGUAGUGGACUGGCGGCGGCUGUAGCUGCACUGUUUAUACGUUUAGAGAUUUUAGUGGAGAUGAUGUCUAUAGGUACUCUCCUAGCCUACACAUUAGUAUCAACCUGCGUACUGAUUCUACGAUACCAACCACAUUCGACCAAUUUGGUUGAAUUACUUCCUCAAAGUCUUCGUACGCCUUUACGAGGCUCACCUUCCAAAGAUGGUAUACAACAGAGUCCAAAUGGAACAGCAGCUUUGUAUGGAAAUCAACUGGCUCCAGAUGCACUGAAACAAGCAAUAGACUCGAGUUUGGAUAUUCCGCACGCUCCGACUCCUUCUUCUUCGCCUCUUCCACUUCAACCGACUCAACGAGUGAUGGUUAGGAGAGUAACUCGUAGUUCUCCAGAUAGUGACGACACAUUCGGUGCCGACGAACAAGAAGAAGAAUAUUCGAUGAGGGACGAUCAAUUCUUAGUAUCCGACAGAACGGAAAAUAAAUUUUAUGGUUCUUUACAUGGUGCAGGUAGUACCGCAAGUACAGGCGGCGUCGUCGGAUCGACAGUCGGUCCAAGUUUGGGCUACAUCGGAAGAAGAUUACAAGCGGCAACCUAUUUGUGUCCGGCCAUUUUUCCGUGGGUAGAUACCGGACCGGCGACGGAAGAAUCCGGCCUGUUCGUAAUGAAAAUGGUCGGUAUUUUGUAUUUGCUAAUUAUCAUUUUCGAUUUGAUCGUCGUCAACGGCAUGGAGAAUAUGAACAACGCGACGACGGUUUUCUUGUUUUUGUUUUUCUUUGCUAUUUUAGGAUUGUUGUUGGUGAUAUCGAGGAAACCACAAAAUAGGAAUACAAUACUUUUCAUGACACCAGGUUUACCAUUCGUUCCAGCAAUAGCAAUCACAGUUAAUAUUUACUUAAUUUUAAAACUAUCCAAACUUACUUUGGUACGAUUUACAAUUUGGAUGACGUUAGGCUUUAUAAUGUAUUUCUACUAUGGAAUUAAAAACAGUACUUUGGAAGAAAAACAAGACGUCGAUGGUAACAUUGAGCUCACUGUGACUGAUCAUGAAAAGGGUAAUUUUACUAACCCUGCUCCCUAUAGGAGUGAUCAAAAUAUCUUCCAAGACCAUCAAUCUACCUAUAGUUGGACUCCAAACAUGGACUGGGACCAUACUCCAUCUUGGGCCCAGCAACAAUCUGCUAAUACUUGGAGCCAGCCUCAAUAUCAAGUCGAGCAACAAUAUAAUGUUCAAACCAAUAAUACAAGGUCUGUUAUUAACAAAAGUAAUCCGACACCAGUUCCGCCAAGUCGGACGCAAACUGGUGGUACCACUUCAGGUGGGGCUGCUUUGUUUGUUAACGAUCCGACUGCCUUUCCCUCUUGGGACGACUAAAAACUGAAAGAGUGAGAUACAGAAAAUAAGUAUAUCGGAAUAAUUUCUGGUAAAUAUAGGUAAAUAGAUAAUCCAGGUUUAUUUAUUUUCAAGAUAGAUAUUGAUACUGUGCUAUCUUUCAGUAACAGGAGUCUAUAAUUUUCCAAUUUGUGAGGAAUUUCACAACAAUUUAUGUAAAUGAAAGUCAGAGGUGCUUCCAAGAGAAUGAAUUUAUUUACAGGUUUUCCAAGUAAACUAAAAUUCAAAGUAGGUAUGUAUUAAAAAGUCGAAUACCGCAAGGCAAAGAUUUCAUAAGAAAAUAUUAAGUUUUGCUUAUCGAUACCGUUUUAAAAACACACUGAAUCGGUGCAUUUUUUUUGUAUCAAUAUGUUUUCCAGCGAUGUUGGUGAGUAGGUACAAUGGGUACCUUCAGGCGGUCCCAGCGGCUAAGCUCAGCCACUCAGCAGGGACUCUAUUCUCGAAACCAAAGAACAGCGUUCUCAUAAGAACGAUUGCUCUGUCAUUGUCAGUGUUAUGCCGGACGACAAAGACAGAAACUUCGUUCCAAUGAGAACGCUGCUCCCCUGUUUCGAGAAUAAAGUUCCUGCUGAGUGGCUAAACUAAGCCGCUGGCACCGCCUGAAUGUACCCAAUGUUAAGUUAAACUUUUGUAUUAUAGAUGGAGCCAAAAUGAAUUUAUAGUAUUUCAAGAUUUUCUCGUGCUGCCAUUUUUCAUCGAAUUAAUUUGAAAUUUUAGUAUGAUGAGCUCCCUUUUUUCCUCUUUCUACUCUAGAAGUUUCAAAAUUUUUCUAUCACAUCAACAGUUUUUCGAAAAAUCAUCAAAAUGUGAAAGGGUAGUGUAUUUUUCCUAAUUUGGUUUUCCCAGCUUGCUUUUCAAGAUUUUCUGAUGCUGCCAUUUUUCAUCGAAUCAAUUUGCAAUUUUAAUAUGUAUGAUAAGCUCCUUUCACUUCUCUUUCUACUGUGAAAAUUUCGAAAUUUUUCCAUUAACAGUUUUUCGAAAAAUCAUCAAAAUGUGAUUUGCUUCAUAUUUGGGUUCUUUUUAAGUUGAAUUUUAAGAUUUUCGCAUGUUGCCAUUUUUCAUCGAAUUAAUUUGAAAUUUCAGUAUGAUUAGCUCCUUUUUUUCAUCUCUCUACUCCAAAAGUUUCAAAACUUUCCUAUCAACAGUUUUUCGAAAAAUCAUCAUAAUGUGAAAGGGUGUAUUUUUCUUAUUUUAGUUGCUUUUUCAAGAUUAAGUUGAUUUUCAAGAUUUUCUCAUGUUGCCAUAUUUCAUCGAAUUAAUUUGAAAUUUCAGUAUUAUGAGCUGCUUUUCUUCCAAGUGAGGAGGCUAAAAAAUAUAGUAAAAGUAUUAAAAUGAAUUGACAAAGAACGGGUUCGUAUAAUUCCGGCCCUUCGGGCUUGUAUAACCUCGGACCUUCGGGCUCAUGAUUAAAAAAACUCCGGUCUGUCGGGCUCGUAUAACUCCGGCCCUUCGGGUUCGCAUGACUCCGUCCCUUCGAACUCGUAUAACAUCGGCCCUUUGAACUCAUAAUUGAGAUAACCUCAGCCUUCCAGAUUCGAGAUUUGAAAAAAAACAUAUGGCAACACUGCUUAUAAUACAACAAAAGUCAAAAAAUUGGCCGGUCCCCUGUUUGGCUACUUCCUAAGUAUUCGCCGAGGCUAAAUCUAUAUGCCCAUGUGGGUUUUUUUUUUAAAUUUUGACAACUGUCAAUGUCUAAAAUUUUUACCUUUUCUUUUCCUCAAAAAACAAAUGUCAUAAAACGAUCCCCAGGCUCCGAAAACCCUAAAAUAAAAAGUUUCAUCGAUAUAUGCAGAGGCGCCGACACUUUUGAAAGUCCUCAUGGGUGCAGGAUAAUAACUUUAUAAAUUUGUGUUCAGGGGAGGGGGAAGCUCGCCGCAGGCGUGUGAAAGGUGCAUUUUUCUGCACGCAUUUUAGGCCAUGAAAAUAUUACUUUUCUACACUAGUGCGUAAAAAUUAAAUAAUUAUGCAAUGUCAGAUCACUCUGGUACUUUCAUAUCCUAAAAUGCGUGUGGAAAAGUACUUUUCCGCACGGUUGUGAAGAAAUAACGUUACUUUAUCAUGCGGAAAGUCCCUUUUCCCUAUUUAAUUGCUACGCACACGCCCUAACUAACGUUUUGUUUUAUUUUAGCCGCCUCUGUCAAUCAAUGAACUAUGCGCACGGGCGAAGGCAUUAUUAUAAAAGUUCCGAUAUAUCGAAAAAAUUAAAUCGAUAUUUUUUUCGAUAUAUCGAAUAUAAAAUAUCGAUAUAUUUGAGUAAUAUAUCGAUAUUUACACAACAUCGAUAUAUCAUUGCCAUCACUAAUAACUCUAUGGCCGGGUUGCGUAUUAACGAUUUAUACCAUUAUGUCCAUUAUACAGAUGGAUUCCAUUCUAUAACGUAGUAUGAUUUGUAUCUGUGAAACGCACGUAUAUUUACUCCAAAUCAUACCGCGAUACAGAUGGACGUCAAUCUAUAACAUAGUAGGAUAUGAAGCCUAUUUCUACUCCAAAUCAUACCACGAUACCAAAUUAAUAACUACUCAAUCAAAGUAAUUUAUCUUUAUUUUCUAUAGGCUAUUUACAACUUUAUGGUAUUAUAGAAGGUAAUUCUGGUUACUUUGAUUCAAUCCAGUAGUAUUCGCUUCCAGACACCGUCUUGGAAUUUUAGUGAAUUCUUCCUGCGGAAUUUUGGCAUCACAUCUUUUGUUCGUUCUUCAAGUGAAACGUUUUUUAAAUUCUGCUACUGUGAUGAACGAUGAACUUUUCAGUGAUGGGUGAGUAUAUCGAACAAUCCAGUUUGUUGUGGGUGGCGCCAACGCCAAAACUGCGAAUCCAAUCAUCACUAUUUACUACAUAUUUGUCUUAUCUUUAUGAUGAUCCUUGCUUCUUAUAAUGACGCUGUAGUCAUUGCAACUAACGUAAUUAUAAAUUUCAAUUACAUCCUCUUUUUAGAUGAUAUCCUUUAAGGCAUUCAUGUUUGGUUCUAUCUGAAAUUGCUAUUUCAACGAUGUUUAUAUUAACACAAAAUUAUUGCAAUAGGUAUCUAUAAAUGCAGCGAACUAAAAUGCACAUGGCUGGCUUAACAACUGCCGCCAAUUUUUGUUCGCGUUGUUAGGAAAUAGAGUGGCGGCGCUCUGCAUUUCAUUGUAUACUGUUGCAAAAACUCUGUCGUAUCCCGGUAUGAUUUGGAGUAGAAAUAGACGCAUAUUGAACCUUCAUAUCCCACCAUAGUAUAGAGUGAUGUCCAUCUUAUCGCGGUACGAUUUGGAGUAAAAAUACGCGCGUUUCACAUAUACAAACCAUACUACGGUAUAGAAUGGCGUUCAUCUGUAUAAUGGUAUAAAAUGUAUACGCGGCCGGGUUACUCACUCAAUAGUUGUAUUCCUUGCAAGAGUUUAAAACACUAGAGCUACUCGCUCCGGUUUUAGUCGCGCGGAUUUGAGAGGAACAGAUGCGCUGGCUUUCGUGCAUUAAAUGGUUUGAGUUCGAGCUUGAGAACUUCAGGGAAAAUUGUAUAAAUUUAAAUUACAUGACACUGAUACUAUAGGGAAAUUAAUAAAAUAAUAGACACUUUAAGUUGGACCAAACACGUUAACGUAAUCUUUAAACGUAAACCCUAUUUUUUACUAUAGCGUUGAGUGACCGUCGCUGCUCACAAAUCAGUUUAAGUAAAAUUUUCACGUAAACGUUAACGUUAUAUCUCACAAUCAUGAUGACCUAACCUCUAAAUUUUGUUGUGAAAAGGAAAAAUUAGAAAUUAUUUUCUGUAUUUUGAUUAUUUUGAAUUACAUGAUACCUUUUUUUUAAGGUUAAAAUACAUUCGGCAAAGGUCUAAACCGGCAAUUUGGCUUUCGGGCCCACUCGGUUCAACGAACGUUUACGGAUAAGGUACACGCAAAGACCCGUUAAAUAACGUGACACGUAAGACGCUAUUUUUGGUAAAAAGAAACUGCGCAUGCGCAGCUGUCAAAUCUUACGUUAGCGUUAACGUAUUUUGUCUAACUUAAAAUUCUAAUAAUGUAUGUGGGGAAUUAAACUUUAUGACGUUAGCAUGUCGCAAUGUUGCCGCAUCAACUUUGUUUUACUUUGAAAUCCCAUAAAGUUUGUCAUUUUCCCAGGUUACAUUUUUAUCAAUAAAUUGAUAAGAAUAAUUAUAAUAACAAAAAACCAAAUUCCAUCAAUGCAAAUCUAUAGCAAAUUAAAAUAUAUCCCAACUAUCAAUCCCCGACUCGUUAGAAACUGACAACAAACCUCAAAAUAUUAAAAUCAAUAACCAAAGAUUUGCAGAAGGCAACUAUAUUGGUUAUACAACUCACUGUACAUUAUUCUCAUAUGACACCAGAGGCUUAAGAAGUGAUAAGCCUUUUGGGAUUAUCGCGCUUGGUGGCAAUAUUGUUCAUUUGCUAUUAAUAAUAAUAAAAAUUAAUAAAGUAUGGAAGUUUAGUUCGUUGUAUAACCUUUUGAAUACCACUCGAUGUUUCAGGAUUACCUAAUACUUUUACCUGACACUCAACGCGUUAUCAGCAACACCACUCCUCCUUCGGAGUCGUGGUGUUGCUGCGUAACGCGUUUCGUGCCAGGUAAAAGUAUUAUCCGGUAAUCCUGAAACCUCUUGUGGUAUUACAUUCGACAACAUUACCCACAAGUGCCAACCUAAAUCCCAUUUUAUCGGGAGAUUCGGUUAUAUGAUCCGACAGCAUUCUAUCUCUUUUUAACUAGGGUUAAAAAAAAAGAGAAAAUGCGCUCUGAGUUUUAAACGAAUUUUAGUUUCUCAGAAACUCCAAUUGGCAAUAAUUUCGACGUCAUUGAUGACCUGCAACCAUUAAUUUAUUAAUUUCACUAUACUACACGUUUGUACUUCCGCAUUCCCCAGAGAGCUCCCAUGGGUGAUCCGCACCCAUGAGAGGUUGCUCAUGGGUGCACCUGCCCCGAUGCCCCCAUGUAGUCGGCGCCAGUGAAUAUAUGUCAAAAACCAACACCCUGGCAACGCCGAACGUCUUUUUUGACAUAUGUUAAAAAAAAAAAUGGUACUUCCUACGUAUUCGCCGAGGCUAAAUCUAUAUGCCCAUGUGGGUUUUUUUCAAAUUUUGACAGCUGUCAAUCUCAAAAAAAAAAUAUCUUUUGUUUUUUCCAAAAAAACAAAGGUUAGAAAACAAGUCGUUUUUUAGUGGGUUUUAGGGUGAGAUUUAUGUGGCAACACUUAUAUGAAAAUUUAAUGAAUUCAUUUGUAACAACAGUUACAACAGUAACAUUAAGUUUCCCGUCGGGUUUGGAAUUCGAAUUUUUGAAUUUUCCUGCCUCCUGAUUGAUUUGGGGAUUCGAAUUUUGAUUAUUACCAGCUCUUGAUUGGCUUUAAAUUUUGAAUAUUCCCGGUUCUUGAUUGGCUUUAAAAUAACCUAUAAUCUCGGCCCUUCGAGCUCGUGAUUUGAAAAAAAACAUAUGGCAACACUGCUCAUGAUACAACAAACGUCAAAAAAUUGAAAUUUCAAAGUAGACCGUGAUUUUUUUGACAAUCGAUAUAAAAUGACGUCUUUUUGUUUCAAAAAUAACGGCCCGAAGGGCCGGAGUAUUAAAAUCAGUUGACAAUGAACGGGUUCGUUCGGAUAAAACUUUUGUCGAUAUCGACAGAUGUCAUCUGUCAAAUUUGACACAUGUUCGACUUUUUCCCCGCUCUACUAUAAAAGCUACGAAAAUCAAACCCCGAUGAUUAUUAGUUAUUUAUACACCAAGUGAGUUAAAUGAAUGUUUAUUCAUGAGAAGAAAGUUUAACCCACGAGCCCUAGCGAGUGGGUUAAUUUUCUUCGAAUGAAUAAACAUUUUAACUCACGUGAUAUUUAAUAUUAUUAUUUUUCCUUUAAGUGGUUUAUGGGAAAUAAAACGCUAGAUUAAUUUCAAUAUGUCUGUAUUCGAUACCAGUUUCUCUAAGACUAAUUUUUCACAUAAUUUUUACAGGCAAAAUUAUACAUUUCAAGGGUGACUCACCACUUCUCUUGUUUACAAAAACCCUUCCAGGUACCAGCCAGCAGAAGUCAUAAAAGCAGACCCUUUUUCUUUAAAUAAGUUUCGACUGAUAAUACAUUUUAUUAUGUAGAUAAUGGCAUUUGCUUUUUCUCAGGCUUUUAAAACAAAUUUAAUAUUGCCACAUAUUGCCUUUUGGAACCUGGUUGACUUGUUUUUGUAUAAUCAUAAUUCUAACACGCCCACUCAAAAAAAAGACUCAACCAGUAUAUAAAUAUGCAUUCCUUAUAUCCUAAAUAUAUCUUAUUUAUUAUUUCUAAGAAAAAAAACUGGUAGGUAUAUAAAAAAAAAAUUCAAACACAGACAAAACAAAAAUACAAAACUAUUAUAGUUAUCAAAAAAAAAAAAAAAAACAUCUACAGUAAGCCAGUCUUAGAUCUUAUCAUGUGAAACUUUACUGCUGGUAGUGGCUUCGUAAACGCAUCAGCUAAUUGUUCACCUGUUGAAAUAUAUUUCAAUACUAUUUUUUUCUGUAAGAUUUGUUCACGUGUAAAAUGAUAUUUUAUGUCAAUAUGUUUGGUUCUUUUAUGAUUUAUAGGGUUCUUUGCUAUAUUUAUGCAACCAUUAUUAUCUUCGUAAAUAAUUAUGGGGGCUUGUAUUUUGAAAUUAAUGCUCUCUAAUAAAUUUCUUAGCCAUAUCGCUUCCCUAACACACUCAAUAAGAGCCAUAUAUUCUGCUUCAGUAGAAGAAGCAGCUACUGAGGAUUGUUGUUUUGAGUUCCAGGAUAUUGUACAAUUUUCAAAGACUUUAAAUAAAAAGCCUGUAGUACUUUUCCUGUUUAGCUCAUUAUUUCCCCAAUCUGAAUCAACAUAGCUCUCAACCAUAUUGACAUAAUUAUCAUUGCGUUUAUAUGUUAAUUUAAGAUCUACAGAUCCUUUCACAUAUCUUAAUACUCUUUUCAAGCAAACCCAAAGCUCAUUAUUACUUUUACUUUGAAAUCUGCUUAGAAUACUUAUUGCAAUACAAAGAUCUGGCCUUGUACAAAGCAUGGCGUACAUAAGACAACCAAUCAAAUUUCUGCAUGGAACAUUCAAAUUCUGAUCCCUAUUCAGUUCCUCAUAAUUUAAUUUAUUUUCUAAUGGUGUGCUUACAGAUUUGCAUUCGGACAUGUGAAAUUUAUUUAGAACUGUUUUUAAAUAAUAAGUUUGAUCUAAAAUUAUAGUGUUUUCUGUUCUUAUGAUUCGGAUUCCAAAAAAAAGUUUAACAUCUUUUAAGUCCUUCAUUUGAAAUUCGCUCAUCAGAUAAUUUUUAAAAUCUGACAUUGUAUCUCUUUUCGCUGUACAAAUUAGAAUGUCAUCAACAUAUAAAAUCACAUAAAUAUUCCUACUUAUGUCUCCUUUAUCCAAUAAAUAUAAACAUGGAUCAACUGAUGAGCUUUGAAAAUUAUAUUUUUUAAUAGUUUGAUCAAAAUGUUCAUACCAGCAUCUAGAAGAUUGUUUUAGGCCAUAAAUUGAUUUAUUCAAUUUGCAAACUUCAUCAACGUCUGCUUUUAGACCUUCGGGAAUUUUCAUGUAAAUUUCCUCAUCUAAAGUACCGUGUAAAAACGCUGUUUUCACGUCCAUAUGAUGAACAAGUAAAUUAUGCUGAUUUGAAAAAGCCAACAUCACUCUAAAUGUUGUGAUGCGGGCGACUGGUGCAAAAGUUUCAUUAAAAUCAAUUAAAUAUUUCUGACUAAAUCCUUUUGCUACCAAUCUUGCUUUAUAU